UCAUUUACUGUUACGUGACAUUACAGCAGAUGAUUAGUCAGCUGAAUCGAUCUGGAGUCCGGCCUGUGUACGCACUGACAGGACGAGCUAAUGAUUGAUCGCUGACAACAUCAGUGGACAGAGGAGAUAUCAGGAGAGGAAAAGGAGUGACGCUGCAGCACCGUGAGUUCCUGUUUGUCAGCAUGAAGCCGGGCAAAGCUUCUCUUCUGCUGCUGCUUCUUCUCGUCAUUCGCUCUGAAACUAUCCCACAGAGAGCACAUUUUCCAACCAUCCCACCCUCAACCACAGCCCCCACCCAGGAACCCACCACUCCCACCCCCACAACCGCUCCAUCGCCUGAGGCAGACAAGUUUCUGGGUCCACCUGAGUGCCUGGAAAAGAAGUUAACUCGAGCGUCAUGUGACCUGGUGUUUUGUUCUCCGUGGGAACGUUGCAUUGAAGGGCAGUGCUCCUGUAAACUGCCCUACCUCUGCCCCAUGGAGAACGUGACCCCAGUCUGUGGGCGAGACCACAGGACCUACCGCUCCUACUGCCAGGUGAUGGCUCUCUCCUGCCGGACGAGGAGACCUGCCAUGUCCCACUUUGGGGAACAUUGCUCAGAACAUAACCAGAAGUUUGAGAGUUCGAUAGACCGAGACACAGGACUGGUCAGGGUCUUCAUCCCUGACCCCAGCAGCCCUGGAGACAGGCAGGAGCUGCUGGUGUGCUGGAAGCUGUGGGACAUGGCGGCUGCUAACGUGGUCUGCAAGGAGCACGGGAAGCCACUGGGGGCAGCGAAUGCUCAUUACGUCCCGUACAACGCCCUGACAACCGGCCAUCGCACCAAGCUGUUCCCAGGAAACUGCGUCAGCAUCCACUGCCAAGGCUACGAGACCUCGCUGGCCGAGUGUCUAAUCUACGACAAGGGCGCGAUCGGCGGCAGGAAGGUGGCGACGGCAACCUGCUACGAGCCAUCGCUGCAACCGGAAGGCGACUGCGGCUUCAAGUGUGCCAACGGGAAGUGCGUGUCUCUGAACCACACAUGUGACGGAGUGGACAGCUGUGGCGACCGCAGUGAUGAAAUGUGCUGCAAAAAAUGCAGGAGGGAUGCUUUCCGCUGUAAGACGGGUGUGUGUGUCCAUAAGAAAGCGCUGCAUGAUGGACAGAUGGACUGUCUGGAUGGCGAGGAUGAAUCGACCAAACACGAACCUGUCAACAAAAAGUCACAGGAGCAGCACAGACUGCUGAAAACUUCAGAGUACGUCUCUCCUAAAACAGAAACGAGGACCAACAGAAAACAGCUGGAGUCCAAGUUACAGUGCGGGAUCCCCAAUGCGACCACGGUGAACGACGUGGAGGUGGAGACGAGAGGAACGGGCAUCCGAGUCAAGAGAGUGGUCGGAGGAGUCCCGGCCAAACCGACUCAGAUCCAGUGGCAGAUCGCUCUGGAGGAGCACAGGAAGGUCGACUGUGGAGGAGCUUACAUCGGAGGCUGCUGGGUGAUCACUGCGGCUCACUGCGUCAGACCCAACCCCUCUGCCUUCAAGGUGAAGUUUUCUCUCUGGAAGAAAACCAGAGCUCAGAACACCACUGACAUUGUUCCUGUCGAAGACAUUCGUAUCCACCCCAGGUACAACGCCAGCAGCUACGAGAACGACAUUGCUCUGGUGAAGCUGGAGAAGCUUCCAUACAAGGACAAAUGUUUGGAGGACAAUCCGGCCGUCAGCGCCGUCUGUGUCCCCUGGUCCACCCACCUCUUUCAGCCCAACCACACCUGCAGCAUCUCUGGGUGGGGACGAACCGCAGACGGCAGAGCGGCUCAGGUGUUGCUCUGGGCCAACGUGUCCCUCAUCAACGACUGCCAGAGGUUCUACAAAGAUCGCUUCAAACCAGGCAUGAUGUGUGCAGGUGACCUGGAUGGCAGCGUGGACUCGUGUCAGGGGGACAGUGGAGGUCCUCUGGUUUGUGAAGAUGAACUGGGCGUGUCCUACCUGUGGGGCAUCGUCAGCUGGGGAGAGAGGUGUGGUCAGCCUGGAUUCCCCGGAGUUUAUACACAGGUGGCUCAUUACUUUGAGUGGAUCAGACUUCACACAGGUUGGCCUGCAGUCACCAAGUUUAACUCCUGAUAAAGCGCGCACACACACGCACACACACACACGCACACUCACACACACACACACGCACACACACACACUCACACACCUGUACUCUGUCAGUGUGUUACCAGUCACUUGUUGAUGAACGCUUUGUUUGCCUGUUUUUAUUUUUUGUUUCUGUGUCCAACACAACACUGACAUCCAUUUAGCGUGUUAGCAUUUUAGCCUGAUCGGUUUCCAUAACGACCAGGUGACAUACAGCUGUCUAAGUGUACUGCUACCAAAAUAAAAGCUUGUGUUUCCA